CUUCCUUUUUCAUGCACUGUUAGGGUUUGUUAUGCAGUAGUCUUUGAUUACAAAAAUCGUAAAUUGAACUGGAUAGAUUCUUCCCCAAAUGUGUUUAUCCUUUUUUAGUCUCUUAUCACAGUGCUAGCAAUUGUUUAUCAUACCUAGGGUUUAUGUGUUGUUGUAUUCACUUAGUUUAACAUACAUUUAGUUCAAAAACUAUGUGUCAAAUGUAUGUUCUGUAGUUAUUAUAUACAAUUCCAUGGUUAUGGCUAAAGCAGGGUGGUUGUGUGGAUCUUCUUUAACAAUUGGGAGGACCUUUAUUACAUCUUUCAAAACCACUGUCAGUUUUAGAAACCCUAGAUUCCUCUUUUCAACAACUCACAGGUGUUGCCGCGGAGUACUAUCAAAGGCCAAGGGGAACUUAUCUUCUCCUUGGAGUGUUGUGGUGACUGAAAGUAUCAGUUUAACCGAUACAGAGAAGCAACUAUUCGAUCAAUUGCUUCAGGUUGUUUGCCAUUAUAGUCUUGAAACGCAACUUCGGGUUGCUGGUGGGUGGGUCAGAGACAAGCUUCUAGGAAAAGAAUGUUACGAUAUCGAUAUUGCUCUUGAUAAUAUGUUGGGUACAGAGUUUUGCGAAAAGGUAAAUGGUUAUUUAGUAUCCACGGGUGGAAAACCGCAAGGGAUUGGUGUUAUACACAGCAAACCGGAUCAAUCGAAGCAUUUGGAAACCGCAAGAAUGCGUCUUUUUGAUGUGUGGGUUGAUUUCGUGAACUUGAGAUCAGAAGAUUACGCUGAAAACAGCGGAAAUUCAACAGUGGAAUUUGGUUCUGCGGAACAGGAUGCGUAUAGAAGGGAUUUGACCAUUAAUAGCUUGUUUUACAAUAUUAAUACACGCUCGGUUGAAGAUUUCACAGGUAGAGGACUUGAUGAUCUGAAAUCUGGAAAGAUUGCGACGCCUUUACCUCCUAAAGUAACAUUUUUAGAUGAUCCUUUGAGGGUUCUUAGAGCGAUUCGUUUUAGUACCGUGUUUGACUUUGAAAUGGUCAAAGAUCUCAAGGUUGCCGCUGCAGAUACCGAUGUGAAAUCAGCCGUUGCUGAUAGAAUCAGCAGAGAAAGAAUUGGGAAUGAGAUUGAUCUUAUGGUAAGUGGGAACCAACCGGUUAAAGCUAUGGAUUACAUGUCUGAAUUCGAGUUAUUCUGGGUCGUAUUCACUCUGCCUCCGAAUAUUAAGCAUGAAAUCAAAGAACAUGAAACGAUUUGUGUUAAUUAUAUUAAUGCAGCAUGGAGACUUAUGAAUGCAUUAGGGGGUUGUAGCUUUAGUGAUGAACAAAGGAGAUUGUACUUGUAUGCAGCAUUAUUCCUUCCACUUAGAAAGACUGUUCAUGGCGAGAACAAAAGGAAAAUUAUAUCGACUGUGAACCACAUUUUUAAAAACUCGCUGAAGCGCAAAGCGAGUGAUGCUAAAAAUGUCAUAAAGUUGCAUAAUGCAGCUGAGAAGUUCUUGUCUUUGAUUCCUCAUAUGAUUUCAAGUGAGGAUAUGAAACCUGUUGAGGUUGAUUGGAAUUCGAAUAUGAUUGAGGUUCCCGAUCCGUUGAGGUUAAGAGUCUUGCCGGGUCUGAUUCUUAGGGAAAUCAAAGAUUUUUGGCGCGCUGCGUUGAUGCUAACAGUACUUAUAGACGAAGAUUAUACAGAUGAGAGUAGUGUAGAUAAAGUGGGAAUGUUUAAAAAGGUUGAGGAAGAAAUUUUGAAACUUGGUUUAGAGAAAGUGUGGGAGGUUGAACCUUUGAUUAGUGGGAGGGAUAUGAUGACUCUCUUGGAGCUUAAAAAUGGAGGUCCAAUUGUUAGUGAAUGGCAACAAAAACUGAUACAAUGGCAGCUUGCUUACCCUACUGGUAAUGUGCAGGAAUGUAUUGAUUGGAUGAUACACAGUUAAGGCCAUGGGGUAUGGGGCUUGGGUUGGGGCGUGGGUUGGGGGAAAACGCUCAAGGCACCACCCCGGGUGGGCUUGGGUUAGGGUGUGGCCCUUGGGGCUUGGGUUUCAAGCCGGGCGUGGGGCAGGGGAAGCGAUCUGACAUGGCGGGCUGUGUAUGGCCAAAAGAAAAUAGCCGUUGGGCUAGCCGUUGGCCAAGUUGGAUGACAUUUCAUGCAAGUUGGAUACAUUUAACGUAUUCCAACAACAAAGGGCCGAAAUACGAAGGAGCAAAGAAGCUAGAGAUGCCCAGAAACAAAAACGGGAUGAUUUGAAAUUUCUAUCCCAGCCCAUUGAUCACCUAUAGGGUGACGAGUUACAACUAGUGUUUGCGUUGAGAGAAGAGAUAAAAAACAAAUAUAAAA